AUGUAUGUGAAAUGCUUUGAUACAGUAAUGUUUUAUUAUGUGAUUUUAGUGAAUUUAGUGAAUGUCAGUUUUACAACUUUCAAAUUUCCCGCCAGUUCCAUCCCCGUACGUCCUGGAACGGAACCCAGAAGACAGAUGCCGGCAUCCACUGGAGGACAUCGCGGGAGUGCAGGAUAAGGUAAGUGAAGAAGAGAUCACGGAGCAGCACUGCAAGGUAUUCCCGAGUGUAGCUCAGGGUUACCGCUUGUGCUACACUCGGGAAUAUCUCCAGGGAGGU